AUUUUUGUGAAAAACAUCAAACUCGAAAAACACAUUGCUGUUACAGUUCACAUUUUUUUCCGUAAAAACUGAAUGUGACUAUUUUAGUGUAUUAAAAUUUGAAUAAGUUUCCUUUACAAAAAAAAAUAAUCAUCCAUAAAAAUGGCAUUUCGAAUAAUUUCAGGAAAAAGGCAAAUCUUUGCAUUGGCCAAUUUGUCUCGUUCAAAUCAAAACCAAAUGAAUGGAUCGUUAAAUCGUCGCAAUGUCUGUACAUCGAUGUCCCUGUGGAAACGUGUCGCCUUCAAUUUGAGUGAUAUUGGCGAGGGAAUACGUGAGGUUGUUGUUAAAGAAUGGUUCGUUAAAGAAGGAGAUGUUGUUGAACAAUUUGAUAAUUUAUGUGAAGUACAAAGUGAUAAGGCAUCGGUAACAAUAACCAGUCGAUAUGAUGGAAAAAUCUUGAAACUGUAUCAUGAUAUUGAUGAAAUUGCUUUGGUUGGCAAACCAUUAAUUGAUUUCGAUGUAACAGACGAUGCAAACACCAAUGAAGAUGUGGACAAAACUGAAAGGAUUAUCGCCAAAGAGAAAGUACAAAACAAAAAAAUUGACAUUAAAUCAGUGAAUCCAGAGAAAAUCCCAACCACACCAGCCGUUCGUCGUAUUGCCAACGAAAACAAUGUGAAUUUGGCUGAAAUAAAGGCAAGCGGACCAAACGGACGCAUUUUAAAAAGUGAUAUUAUGGAGUUCUUGGGUAUCAUACCACCAACUAACGAUAGCAAUCGAUCAAAACCAUUGGUAGAAAAACCAAAGAACGUUCAAUCACCAAUUGCGACAGAACCAAUGCACAGUACAAUAGGUAAUCGUGUGGAAAAGUUAAAGGAUGUACGAAAAGUGAUGUUCAAAUCAAUGACAUCUGCAUUGAAAAUUCCACAUUUUACCUACAGCGAUGAAGUAAAUGUCACCGAUUUGAUCGAACUACGCAAUAGUUUAAAGGCGGAGGCCGAAUCGAUCGGUGUGAAAUUAACAUUUAUGCCAUUCUUCAUAAAAGCCGCAUCGUUGGCACUUGCGAAAUUUCCAAUUUUAAACAGUAGCAUCGACGAAGAGAAUGAAUCGAUCAUCUAUAAAUCAGCCCAUAAUAUAAGCAUUGCCAUGGCCACACAAAGCGGUCUAGUUGUACCAAAUGUUAAGAAUUGCGAACAAAAAACCAUUUUACAAAUUGCACGAGAUUUUAAUAAUUUAUUGGAACGAGGACGUAGUGGAAAAUUGACACCGCCUGAUUUUCAAAAUGGCACAUUUUCGUUGUCAAACAUUGGGGUUGUGGGUGGCACGUACACAAAACCUGUGAUCACGCCGCCUCAAGUGGCGAUCGGUGCGAUUGGAACCACACAUAUUGUCCCACGUUUUGUUGGUGACAGUGAUAAAAUACAGCGCGCUCAUUUGAUCUAUGUCAGCUGGUCGGCCGACCAUAGAAUUGUUGAUGGAGUCUCCAUGGCUGGAUUUUCAAACGAAUGGAAACGAUAUCUCGAAAAUCCAAAUCGAUUUGUAUUACAGUAGAUGCGAAUUGAGUUUUGGAUUUACACGACUUUUCUGUUACGCUAUUGCUACUACUACCUUUCUUAUUUUUCAUUUACUAUGUUACAAUCUAUUCACCUCAACUUUUAUUAUCGGCUGAAGAUGUUUUUUUUUAAUGAAUAAAUGCAUUUUUUGAGUUCAAAAUUAUAAA